UGAAGAUGUUUGCUCAAACUUCUUACAUAACAUCAGCGAACACGCAUCAAACACCUUCACAGCUCAGUCGCCGCUGUCUCUCGGUGGGUCGGCCCGGAUAUUCCCCUGCAUCUCGCGCCUGCUUCAACCGGCUUCUCUAAGUUCUUCGACAAUUCUCCAUUUCGUCUCGUGAUCGUUCUCUACCUCGUUUGAUCAUCCACGAUGUCGACGGAGAAUAUAACAACCCUCGAUGUCUCGUACAUAUUAAACGGCAGACAGUCAACCAUGGGGCAGUCCGCUUCUAUGACUUCUCACGGAAUCACGAGAAGCGAUCUGAGGAAAUGGCGUCUGUCCGAGAAGAACAAAGUUGAGCUGUUUGGAGUAUUCUGUUUUGGGAUACUGAUCUAUCUAUCAUGGCAACUCAUGUAUGGAGUCACACCAACAUACCUCUUAUAUUUCUGUCGAGUUUCUGUCCUGACGGGGGCAGCCAUGGGAGCAUUUAUAGCAACUCACAUCUCACUCAGUCUAGCACCUCACUGCACCCCGGCUCACAUCAUGAUCAUCCAGUACAUCUUCUUCCAAAUCAACAGUCUUAUCGGAGCCUACUUCCUCAGGAAACUGGAGCGUGACAGCGCCAAGUGUCAGCAAAGCCAAGAGAACUUUCUCCUGCACCAGUUAAAGAUCCGAGCCAAUUCGCAAUAUGGGAGGGACUUUGAGUUUGAUACCAUCAAAUCAGUUGCAGAGUUCAGGGAACGCCAUCCCCUGACCGAUUACUCGCACUACGCAAAGUAUAUUGAGCGAGUUGCUGACGGGGAAGCCGAUAUAGUCAUACCCGGUUUUCCAUCAAGGUUAGGUAUAUCUUCCGGUACGACUGGGAAACCUAAACAAAUUGCCAUUUCGAAGGAAAGAAAUGUCGCUUUCCUGUUCAAGAUCAUGCCGAUGGUUUUUCAUUUCGUUAAAGUGCAAUACACACCAGCGUUGUCCCCUUUACAGAAGAAAUGCUUGCUGUACGUCCACACCGAGCCUUUGAAAUCUCCUGGAGGGUUGUCCAUCUGUCCGACAACCAUGCUGUCGCUUCCUGACAUUCUUAACCGGAUUCAAUUCAGUACCCCACCAGCAGGGAUGCGACUGACGAACGAACGAUGUGCGCUCUACAUCCACGCCCUCUUUGCUCUCAGGGACCGUUGCCUUGGCAACCUCGGAACCAUCUUCUGCUCCACGAUGUUCACAUUCUUCAAGAUGCUUGAGAGUGAUUGGCCGAAACUGGUCAAUGAUCUUCGGCACGGACAGAUCGCCAAAGACCUUCGGUUAGAAAGCAGUGUCCGAGGGUCUCUGGAAGCUGAACUGCAAGCUGAACCAGAAAGAGCAGAUGAGGUGGAGAAAGAGUUUUUGAAAGGUUUUGAUGGCAUUGCCCUUCGUCUGUGGCCUCAUCUUCAAGGAAUAUUUGCUAUCUCAUCUGGAGCGAUGGUGGUUUAUGCUCGAAGACUCAAGGACAAGUAUACUAAAGGUCUGCCAAUUAUAUCAAGUGUUUACAGUUCCACUGAAGGCACUGUAGCCAUGCUGUACGAUGUCAAAGGAUUAGACUCGAAAUAUAUCAUGCUUCCAUCCGAUGUCUUCUGUGAAUUCAUUCCCGUAGAAAAUGGUCAUGAAAACCAGCCGCAAACUUUGUUAGCCGAGGAGGUGACGGUCGGACAAUGUUAUGAACUCGCUCUCACAACGGUCGACGCUCUCUAUCGAUAUCGCAUGGGCGAUGUCGUAAGAAUCGCCGGUUUCCAUAACAAAACACCGCUACUGGAGUUCCAAUAUAGAACGGGAGAAGUAUUAAAUGUUCGAUCAGAAAAGACACCCGAAGCAUCCGUAGCGGGCGCCAUAACAGCUACCUUGGACCAAUGGCAAGGAUUGACUUUAGUGGACUUCACUGCGACGGAAAGUCCGCUUUAUGAAGAAGCCAUGGAUAUUAAAGACUGGAGUUCCUGCGGGUACUACAUGAUUUUCAUUGAAUUAGAAGAUCCUUAUGCAACAUUUGGGAAAGAUCUUAAACAGAGAGAAAAGUUUGCAUCUGACUUGGAAGCCAAUUUGCGACUAAAGGCCCAACGCUACAACCACUAUCGCAACAUCAACGCCAUUGCUCCCAUUCGAUUGAUCUUCCUUCAGCCCAGUGCCGUGGACGAACUUCGCCAGUACAUCUUGGAACGAUCCUCGGCCACCGUUCAACAGCUCAAACUCCCGCACAAGCUCCGUAAGACGGAAUGGAUUCGUCUUCUUUGCAAUCGUGAACUUAUUCAGUGAUUAGAAAGUAUUUCUUUAGAUCUCUUUCACAAAAUUAACAGUUUCAUUAUCUUGGGACAUGUCAUCUUGCACUGCAAAGUGGCUGCUGGGCCCACGAUCAAUGAAAAAUUUGACAAAAUUAAUAUUUGGAGGUUUUCUAUCUCUGAUUUCUAUCUCAAACAAUGAAAUAUGGAUUUUUCACUUUCAUCUUGGUCAAGCACUGAAACUAUGCUCUUGAUAGAUUUGAGGUCAAAGAAGACUUAAGAAAAUAAUUUUGAGGCUUUUUUGCUCAUUCAUGUGAUUCAUUUCCCCAAGCUUUAUUUGUUUUCUUUUUUGUAAAGCUGGUUUUUGUAGUCCUCAUAGAAGACAUCUGGGUCUUAACUCCCUUUAUUACCGACUCUCAAAUGAUGCAGCUUUUAUCAUUAAAUUGCAAUUGUGUAUUCAUAAAGUAUGCAAUAUGUUGCCAUAAAUAUGUACAAGUAUUUUCAAUCAUAACUAAAGUCUUAAUGCAACAUAAACAAAUAUUGAUAUAAAGAAAAGCAAUAUAUUUUUUUGUAGCUAUAAACCCAAUAAUUUUUUACACCUUGUUCUUAUUUGUGGGGAAGUUAGAGUAACAUAAUUGUUUCUAAGUUUCAUUUUUUUUUUACUUGUCUUAUUCUAACGAAAUACGAAAUAUUUCACAAAUGGCAUAAGUUAGAUACAUGAACAGCUACCAUAUUCUAUUUAUUGAACAAAUAUUUAUUUGAACAACACAGAUAUUCAUUACAUGAAAGUCUUUGUUUUGUGCUGAACUUUUCUAGGAGAAAUGUGAAAAUGUACAUGUAAUAUCUAUAAAGUAUGUUAUUUGUAAUGGAUUACUUUGCCUAUGGCAAAAUAGUGUGCUAUCCAUUUGGGUGUUUCAUAAAGCUGUUUGAAGUUACGAGGCACUAUACGAAUGACUGGUAAUCAUAUCUUAGGAGCUAAAUCCACACAAAUAAGAAUUUGUUGUGCAUAAUUUCUCUCAAAAAAUGAUACCAGUCGUCCUUAAGUCGCUCUUAACUUAUAAACAGCUUUAUGAAACACCCACCUGGUAUUCUGUUUUGUAAAUUACAAGUUCCAUGUUCUUUGAGGUUCUAAACUUCUAAACAUUAUAUUCUAUUUUCUUCAAUGACAUGGCUAAAUCAUACAAUAAAUAAAUGUGUCAAUAGUGGAAUUUGUUUUUAUGAAAAAAGUGCAUUUGCAUUAUAUACAAACAAUGCAAUAUGCACACAAAGCUUGGCAAUCACAUGCUAAAUACAGCUUAAAGUUCCAUGAUUUUCAAUGAUUUUUAGUAAAUCAGAUUUUUGACCUGAAAAGAUGCGUUUUUCUCUGAAAUUCUGUGCACUGAAUUUCCUGAAACUUUUGAGUCUUCAAUAUUGUGGAAAAUUGGGGACUUUAUUCCAAUUAAAAUAAGGUAUAGUCUGGUGAUCACAUUGUUAAACAACCACUAGAGCUAACCUUAUUUGAGGAUUCAUUAUUUGCUAGCGUGCUUGUAUAGUUUUCAGAGUUAUCAAAAAUCAUCAUUUGAGGUAUAUAUAUACAUGAUUGCCUCUUCUGAAGGUCAUAUUUUAUUUAACUUUCACUAAAAACCCCUACUUUCGAGGAGGCGCGAUAGCUCAGUCGGUAGAGCGGGGGAUUCGGAUUCUGGUGACCCGGGUUCGACUCCCAAUUGGUGUGUCAGUGCCCUUUAGUAAGGCAUUAAUCCUCAUUAACAGGUCCCUCGGAGAGGACCUUAAGCCGUCGGUCCUCUGGUCGCUUGCUUACAAGCAUGAUUGCUUUCUUAGCAGUCAGGUGAAAAAAUCACCACUAAAACCACUUUGUAAUCAGUGUAGAAGUUAUUUCAUGGAACAUAUUUAUCUCUAGUGCAUGCAAAGGUGUAUUUGAAUUAUUUGUAUUGUGUAGACAAUCAUUUGUUUAUUAAGAUGCCUUUGGAAAUGUUUGAAAUUUGUUGUGAUAUUAUUCCAUGCCUGGACAACAAGUAACUUUGUAACAAUGUAGGAGUAUAAUCAAAGUUUUAAGGCAUAAAUCAGAAAUUUUAAAAUGCUUCCAUGCUCAUCAAAAUAAUAGCAUGCCUUUGAGAUUAUAAAACAAUAUAAUUGUUAUCGUUUACUUGCAUAUUGUACAUAUUCAGCAAUAUUUCAUGCAAUCUAUUUUAUAAUUCUAAUUUUCAGUGCACAUGAUCAUAUUUCAUUUUCAAUUUUAUGAAUUCAGAAAAGCAAUCAUCUGUAAAUUAUGAUCAACUUCUAUCUCAUAUUGAUAUGUGUAUAAAUAUGGUGCCUUCUUUUAUACUAUAUAUGUCUAUUCAAAUAUAAUGGGUGCAUGUGGACUAUUUUUUAUAUUAUUAUAUAGAGAAGGUAACAGACUUAAAUGCAUGACAAUGAAUAAAGAAAAAUACUAUACUAAUUUUUUAUGUCUCUAGCUUUAUUUCUUAUAAUGCCAUAUUGAGUAUGUAUAUGAAGCAAAAAUAUAUUUCUUUGCAGAAAAUAUGACAAAACAGAGAAAAAUCAUGAUUUUCACCAGUCAAUAACCAUCUUAAAAAGACUUACGAUUGAUCAGAUCAACCUCAGCUA